GCGGCUGCUAGCGCGCGCUGUGCCUGGCGUCUCUGGAGCGGGUGCGGAGCGCCGCAUCUCCGGAGCCCCCGACCGCGCGCCCCCGGCCCGGCCCACGACCGCCGGCCAUGACGACCCUGCUGGAGAUCAAGAGCAGCGUGCUGCGGCAGGUGCAGGCGUGCCCCACCUUCCGCCGGAGGGCCGAGGGAGAGCCGGCCGCCACCAACGCUGACCCCCCGGAGCCGGCCGCAGGGGCUUGGAAGCCCGGGGACGGCGUGGAGUUCUUCGCGCACAUGCGCCUCAUUCUGAAGAAGGGGGAGGGCAGACAGGGCCUGCCGUGCCCCGAGGUCCUCUUGCGCAGCGGUUCGCCAGCCCCUGCUGAGCCCGUGGACCCCAGCCGUGGCCUGAGAGCCCUGACCCAGGAGGAGGUGGAGAUGCUCUAUGAGGAGGCCUUGUACACAGUCCUCUACCGUGCAGGGACCAUGGGCCCUGACCAGGUGGAUGACCAGGAGACCCUACUGGGCUACCUUCAGCAGGUGUUUGGUACCAGCCCUGAGGAGCACGCUGAGGCCAUUGAGCGUGUGAAGAAGGCCAAGGCCCCCACGUAUGCCCUGAAAGUCUCUGUCAUGCGUGCCAAGAACCUGCUGGCCAAAGACCCCAAUGGCUUCAGUGACCCGUACUGCAUGCUGGGUAUCCUGCCGGCCUCGGGUGCCCCCCGGGAGCCAGGGCCGCGCACGGAGCAGCGCUUCAGCUUCCGCAAAGGCAGCAAGCGUGGGGGUCCGCUCCCGGCCAAGUGCAUCCAGGUCACCGAGGUCAAGAGCAGCACCCUGAACCCUGUCUGGAAAGAGAACUUCGUCUUUGAGAUCGAGGAUGUCAGCACGGACCAGCUGCACCUGGAUAUCUGGGACCAUGACGAUGAUGUGUCUCUGGUGGAAGCAUGCAGGAAGCUGAAUGAAGUCAUCGGCCUGAAGGGCAUGAGCAGGUAUUUUAAACAGAUUGUCAAGUCGGCCCGUGCAAAUGGGACAGCAGGGCCCGCGGAGGACCACACGGAUGAUUUCCUGGGGUGUCUCAACAUACCCGUCCGGGAGGUGCCCGUGGCCGGUGAAGACCGCUGGUUCAAGCUGGAACCACGCUCCAGCGCCUCCCGCGUUCAAGGAGACUGCCAGCUGGUCCUCAAGCUGAUCACCACACAGAGGGACACGGGCAUGAGCCAGCGCGGGCGGGCGGGCUUCCUGUCCUACAUGCUGCUGCUCAGUCGUCUCCUGCAGUUCGAGCACCGAUCCGAGGAGCCCAAGGCGAGCUGCUGGCGGGGAGAGCUCAGCGGGCCCGCGGCCACGAUCCUCUGCCUGCACGGCGCGCAAAACAACCUGUCGGCGCUGCAGCUGGCUGUGCUGCACUGGCAGGUCAGCAGCCGCCACCAUCAGACCCGGACCCUGGACUACGGCUACCUGCUGGGGCUGCUGGAGGACAUGCAGGCGCAUUGGGAAGAGGCGUCUUCGCUGCCCCAAGGGCAGGAGGAGAGCCUGGCUGACAGCUUCAAUGCCUUCUCUGAGUUUGGGCUGCGGCUGCUGCGUCAGCUUCGAGACUUCUUCCCCGCCAGCAACAGCACUGCCGUCUACCGUCUGGAGCUGCUGCUCAAGUGUCUCAGCAAGAUGCAGAUCUUCCAGCCUUCCUUCGAGGUGUGCUCCUUCCGGACAGAACUAAACGCGGACAUCUCUGCUGCUCUGAAGAGAGGCAACCGUGAGUGGUAUGACAGGCUCCUGAACACCAAGAGUCCUCGAGAGCAGUCGGGGCCGCAGCGCCUCGCGGGGCUGGUCGAGCUGGCGGACGCCGUCUACGAGGAUCUGCAGUCCUGCUACGGCAUCUACGCCAGCCUCUUCCACAGCAUCACCGACAUCGACUUCUUCACACUCACUUUCCGGCAGCUGGAGCGUCUGGUGGCCGAGGAGGCAUGGGUGCUGACGGAGGAGCUGAGCCCCAAGAUGACCCUCGAGGUGGCCUCAGGGCUCUUCGAACUGUACGUGACCCUGGCGGACAUCCAGCGUUUCUGGAGCAGCAUCCCCGGCCGCGACAGCCGCUCCCUCGCCCUGGCUGGCAUCCAUGGCCCGUUCCUGCCCGCUGUGAAGCUUUGGCUGCAGGUGCUGCGGGACCAGGUCAGGUGGAGGCUGCAGGGAGCCGUGGAUGUGGACACGCUGGAGCCCAUGGACGCCUCCUCCAAGCACAGCAGUUCUGCGGCCACGGCUAGUCUCUGCUUCAGUCACAUCCAGGAGCUGUGGGCCCGCCUGGCAUGGCCGGACCCUGCCCAGGCCGAGGCCCUGGGCACCCAGCUCAGCCAGGACCUGUGUGCGGCCACCCUUUUCUACACUGAGCUGCUGCGGAAGAAGGUGGACGCUCAGCCGGGGGCCGCGGGCGAGGCAGUGAGCGAGCCAGUGAGCGGCCUGGCGGGCAGGGGGCGGGGCCGGGGGCGGGGCGGGGCGACCACCGGGCUGCCGACCCCUCCCCCCCGACGUGGGCCGCCUCCCCAGCUCUGUGUGGUUCUCAACAACGUGGAGCUCCUGCGCAAGGCUGCCGGGCAGACGCUGCGGGGUCUGGCGUGGCCGGAGGUGCCCUCGGGGCCCGAGGGGGUGCUCCCGCGACCUCUGCUCGGCUGUGCACAGGCCCUGGACGAAGACCUGCAGCAGGAGGUCCACACCGUGACGGCGCACCUGACCUCCAAGAUGGUGGCUGACAUCAGGAAGUACGUGCAGCACAUCAGCCUGUCGCCCGACUCCAUCCAGAACGAUGAAGCCGUGGCCCCACUCAUGAAGUACUUGGAUGAGAAGCUGGCCCUGCUGAAUACCUCCCUGGUGAAGGAGAACCUUAGCAGGUACAGCUUGGGGCGGUUGGGCCGGGCCGGGGCCUGGGGUCCCUUCACGGCCACGGGCACGGGCACGGAGUGUCCCUGCAGGGUGUUGGAGGCCCUCUGGGAGCUGCUCCUGCAGGCCAUCCUUCGGGCACUGGGGGCAAACCUCGACGUCUCUGCCGAUUUCUACGGCCGCUUCCACUUUACGCUGGAGGCCCUGGUGAGUUUUUUCCACGCGGAGGGCCAGGGUCUGCCCCUGGAGAGCCUGAAAGACGGAAGCUACAAGAGGCUGGAGGAGGAGCUGCGCCUGCAUCAGUGCUCCACCCGCGAGUGCAUCGAGCAGUACUACCUGGACAAGCUCAAGCAGGUAGCGAGGCCCCGUGUGCGCACGCGCAGUGUGGGCACGCGGCCCCGCCCCCGAACCCCUGCGCCGCGGUCACUGGCGCAAGCCCUUCCGCAGAGGUCCCUGGAGCAGAAGCGGUUCGGACGCCUGAGCGUGCGCUGUCACUACGAGGCAGCGGAGCAGCGGCUGGUGGUGGAGGUGCUGCACGCCGCGGACCUGCCCCCGCUGGACGCCAACGGCCUGAGUGACCCGUUUGUGAUCGUGGAGCUGGGCCCGCCACACCUCUUCCCGCUGGUCCGCAGCCAGAGGACCCAGGUGAAGAACCGGACGCUGCACCCCGUGUACGACGAACUCUUCUACUUCUCUGUGCCGGCAGAGGCGUGCCGCCGCCGCGGUGCCUGCGUGCUGUUCACCGUCAUGGACCACGACUGGCUGUCCACCAACGACUUCGCGGGGGAGGCAGCCCUCGGCCUGGGCGGCGUCGGUGGCAUAGCACGACCUCAGGUGGGAGGGAGCGCGAGGGCCAGGCAGCCCGUCACCUUGCAUCUGCGCCGGCCCAGGGCCCAGGUGAAGUCGGCACUGAGGAUGCUGGAGGGCCGCACCAACAAGGAGGCGCAGGAAUUUGUCAAGAGACUCAAGGAGCUGGAGAAGUGCAUGGAAGCGGACCCCUGAGCUCCCGCCGCCCCCCCCCCCCCCAGUCCUGCCCCGCAUCAGCUUUGUGCAGUCGGGCUCAUGCUCCCCCGUGUGGUGUGUGUGCUGCCCCGGCCGUGUCUGUGUGGUGUGUACAGUGAACCCCUUGCGUCCAGUGAGCAGCCCCCACCCUGGAUCUGGGGGUAACUCGCAGGGCCUGGCCACCCGGCAAGCUUCUCUAUCUGCAACCUUAGCUUGUGCAGCCCACACAGGAUUCCCGGAGGGGUGGCUCUGCUCCCCAGGAGACAUCAGGCUAUGACUGGAGGCGUUUUCGGUGGUCACGGCUACUACUGAAGGAGGUGCCACGGCACCCAUGGCGAGACCAAGGACGCUGCUGGAAGUCCUGCGGUAAACGUGACAGCGCCCUCCGCCCAGCAAGGAACAGCCCGCCCCAAACGUUACCAGUGCCACAGCCCUUCUCAGAGGAAGCACGGUCUUUGCUUUGUGGGGUGGGGAGUGUGGCAGGGCCUCGCAGGCCAACAGGAGGGAUGGCCCAGGUUUGAGUCUGGACAACCCCAGCUGUGGUGGGAAACCGCUCCCAGGUGUCCUGGUGGAGGGACAGAGUGAGCGUCUGGGACCCUUCACCCUCACCCGAGGGCACACACAGAGGUUUGCUAAGCAGCGCCCGGGUCUCCAAUCCCCACCUGGUUCCUAGGCCUGGGGGAGGGUGCCCCAACGUCACUGUGAGGCUGGGCCCUCAUGCAAGGUCGAUCGGUCAGGGUGAGGGGACCCAUGUCGGCCACUCAGCUGUGCAGUUACUGUCCCUCCGUGUGCGCACACGCGUGCCCAUGCAAGAUGGGCCCCAAGCCCGGCACCCCACCGUCCAGCGGCCCAGACCCUUCCCGUCCGACUCGGCCUCGCUGGAGACUGAGAGUCCCCUCCCCCCCCAUCCCCAGGGCAAGUGCAAAGAAACAGGCUCACACCGGGGUCUCCUGGCUUGCAGCUUCACUGGGAGGGCUUGAAGGCCCCAGAGCACAGCUGUGUCAGAACCGCGGGGACACAGUCCAGGGCCACUCGGUGUUGAGAGGGCCGACGCUGCCAGCCUGUCUGUAUCCCCACAAGUCCUGUCGCUCCCUCUCGAGUUUCUUAUUGCUCCGCCUCAAAAAAUAUACGUGUCUGCAACCUUUA